AUGGCUCCAUUCACUUUUUUGAGAUCUAAUCAAGAUCGUGACAAAGAACAAAAUAUCGCAUCUUCCUCAUCAACAACGACUACCUCAAUCCAAUCCUCUGAUGUAUCAUCGAAUCCAACAUCGAACAAUCAACAAUCCAUACAAUUCACACAUCCUUUCACAUCCACAUCUUCAUCAAGUAAUCCCAAUUCUAAUCUGAAUUCAAAUUUCGGUUCGAGUAUAAAUCCAUCAUCCGCGAUCGCAAACUCAAACGCAAAUGCAAAUGCAAAUGCAAACACAAAUACGACGAUAGCAUCCGAAUCACCUACUUCCAAAUAUCAUCCAUCUAGAUUAUUACGUCGUAAAGCAAGUUUAAACAAUAAAUCGAAUGAUACUCCAACUUUCACAGAUUCAGAUCCUCUCCCUUCAUCUUCCCAAUCACAAUCACAAUCACCAGCACCGUCCCCUUUAUUCUCACCUUCAGAUGGUUCAGGAGCAUAUGUGAAUGGGUCAAAUACGAAUGUACAUGCAAACACGACUUCACGUUUGGAACCACCUGUUUCACCACGUAGAUUACCUUCUUCUCCUAGAAUAUUCCCGCCUUCACCAAGAGGAUUCUUCUUUGACAACGCCAAUAACAAUAGCAAAGAAAGUGGUAAUACUGAAAGAGACAAAUUUCAUACACAUCCAAGAAGAGGAUCUGAAACAGCCAGACAAUUCAUAAAUUCAUCGACACCUUCAUAUUCAGCAAAUAACAACAAUGGAUUACAUUCGCCUACGUCAUCUAGAAGAUCAGCUUUUGUCUAUAACGGUAGACUGACUAGUGAAGGAGAUGAAGAAGUUGUCAUUAUCCCUUCAGCGCAAUCGGCGUCAAAGACUGCGAGCAAUCAUCGAGAAGGAGAGGAUCUUUCAACCAAUUUAGCUGCAUUAGGUCUGGGCUCAGCUUUAGGAGCAGAUUCGAAAUUUGAGACCACACAAACUCUACCAGUAUCCUCUUCAUUACCUAAGGUCCUAGAUGGUGGAUUAGGCUCAGGAAGUGGAAAUGGUUUCGGAUUACUGUAUAAGAGGUCUGAUCAUCAAACUCACCCACGAAAUCCAAAUGCGGAAGCAGAAGCAGAAGCAGAAGCAGAUGGAUAUGGAUAUGGAUAUGGAUAUAACAGACCUCCAACACCGCCUGAUUCUGCAAAACUCCUAAAUGUUAAUACGUACGCGGCAACGACGACGAUGUCGACGACGACGACACCUUUCUAUCCUACUGCUUUAUCACCACCACGCAGACCGAUGCCAAGAUCACCGAGAGCUAUGGCCAAUCAGAAUCAGCGUAGUCAAACUCCGACGUCAAAUUAUAGUAACAACAGACCUGAAACGCCACCUAGUGUAGGAAUGCAUCAAGCUUUAUCUGCCGUAGGUGGACCGUCAACAACAACCACUAAGGUGACAAAUAGUUAUACUGCUUCCACGCCCAAUCUACGUAAAUAUUCCGAUAUAUCACCUUAUCCUCCUUCUUCAAUCCAUGAUCAAGAGUACGAAUAUGAACACGGGCGUCGUGAUCAUACAUCAUCACCUACACCCGGAUCGGGAUUGAGACAAAAAAGAAGAGGAUCAGAAAAACCAAAGAUUACCGCAGAAUGGUUAGCUCGUAAACCUUCUUCAUCAUCAACUACGGCAUCACCUUUAUCCAACCAUAAUCGCAAACAUCGUCCAUCAUUAUCAGUCGAUCAUGAUCGAGUCAGAUCUAAAUCAAACGAAUCACCUUCCUCAUCUUCUUCAUCUCAUAUAUUACCUUCUACACCUACACGAAAAGGAUCAUUAGGUGAAUCACCAAAAAUAAUAUCACAUCACAAAACAGAAAUUGAAGCAAGCAUGAGAGCUGAUUCUCCUUCUAUCUCGGGUACGAUUUCGGCGUUGAGACCAAAGAUUGAUUCAUCUUCAUCCAACUUGGAAUCAGAUACGGAUGCGUUAUCGUCAGAUGUAGAUGGGGAUGGUCAAAUAGGAUUAAAUCCGCGUAGACGUUCAUUGUUACUUACACCUUCUAAAGGUACACAAAAGGCCACUACCGCUGCAAACACAGGUUUAGGUGGAUAUCAAGUGAUAGUGAAUUGCAUUGAUAAUGGGCAUAAUAGUGGAAGUAAUCUCAAAACGGACCAUGAGAAUGGAGAAGAAGAUGAAGAUGGGAAUGAUGAAAUCAAAUGGGAAGUAAUCAUAAAAAGACAAUCUAAUCAAUCAGCAAAUAAUACUUCAACAAGUCCGUUGCAGUUAUCGACUAACGGAAGUAUAGCCCAAGCUCCAAUAUCAGCAAGUUCGAUCAACCUGAGUCUGGCUUUAGAUCAACCUACUGGUAAAUUAGUUUUCAUCUCUUUCCCGAUGGAUAUUCACGCUACUCCAACUAGAAGAAGGAGACCAAGUACUGUCACCAGAUCGAAUGGGUUUGGAAUCUCUUCUCCUGCUUUCAAUUCAACCGGUAAUGGUAAUAACAAUAGACCUUGUACACCUCCAAAUCAGAUUCAAAGCGAGUCAGGGAUGGAUAGUGGUUUGACUCGAACACCUUCAUCAAGAAGAAAGCCUCCACCCCCUUGGCCUUCACCAAAAACAGAAAAACCAAUAUCACCCCCAGGAUCUCCUAGAGACGUUUUCACUCCUAAAAAGCGAGGAACACCUCUUAGGAUGGGGGUCGAUGGAGAUCUCCUCAACAAAGUCACUAGAGCAGAGGCGCCGGAAUGA